CUCCCACCACUUUCUGGGUGACAUCACACUUCAUGCAGGACAUCCAGAAAGACCGCAUUCCACAGCUUCACUCCUCCUCCUUCACAUCUUCCUCCUCCUUCCCAGCUGGAGUAUCUGUAGGCGAAUCAGCGGGCAUCAGCCUGGACACACAACAGUGACAGAGACCAGGGAUCCAUCAUUAAAACAGAGAGAAGCUUCAACUAACAGGUCCAAGAUGGAGCUGAAGGUGUGGGUGGAGGGCGCCGUCAGAGUGGUCUGCGGCCUAUCCCUUAAAACCUCCUGCCAGGAUGUCGUCAUAGCUCUCGCACAAGCAAUUGGUCAGACCGGUCGUUACAUUCUUAUCUUCAAGCUGCGAGGCACCGAGAGACAGCUGGUUGCUGAUGACUGUCCUCUUCAGCAUCUGGCUCAGCUGGGACAGCUGGCCUCGGAUGUCCAGUUCAUUCUGCGGAGGACAGGUCCCAGCCUCAGUGACGGUCAAGACACCCCCAAAACAAAAAGACGUUUUCCCCCUCCCCAACCAUCAGAACCAGAGCCCCUCAGACACAGUGAGCCACACAAGGCUCUCACCUUCAAUCUGGGCCCCUCAACACAUCCCAAGAGGACCAAACCAAGCAGGGCCUGGUCUCCGUCCCCCCGAGACUCCCCAGAACCCCGAGCCUCCCCUGUCUCGUUCCUAGACGCUGUCAACCCUGUGAAGGCAAUCCCCUCUUCCUCCUCCAAAGAGGAGAUGUUUAGGCAGAUCCUGCAGCAGCAGAACCGGCUGCGAGACCUGGAGAUCCAGCUUCAUGCUCUGGAGCGAGAGACAGAGGUGUUGGAGCGAAAGAGGUCUGCCACAGUCCCCGGUCUGACCCCGGUCCCCGAAGGCGAACUGGAGAAACUGGAGCAGCGUCUGAGGCAGAACGAGGCAGAUUUGAUGUACAGCGAGCAGUGGGAGGAGCAGUUACAGGAAGAGCUGGACAGAGAACAAGAAAUGCACAGACGUCUACACCAGAUCCAGUCGACGGUGGAUGCUGAUGGUUAUCGGAUCGAGGAGCUCCACGAGCGUUCUGAACAUCUGCAGCAGAAAAUACAGCACCGAGCCCACAGACAAAGCUCUCGGGCCGGCGCUCGGCAGGCUGAGGAGGCCCGGAGGCCUCUGGAGCAGGAGCUCCACCUCCGCCUGCUGCAGGGACAGGAACUGGAUGCAACGCUGUCAGAGACACAGAGGGAUCACCAAACCAUGGAGGAAACGCUGCAGGUAUGAAUCUCCAUAAUCUCA